CCAUGCAGGAUCAGAUCUAUGAAUUCAGCCUCAUCUUUACUGUGACACUUUUAUCCACAUUCAAAGGUACUUCUGGACUGACUAUAUACCAGAGCCCAUCAGUUACUGGCAGGGAAGGGGACACUGUUAUACUGAACUGCACUUUGUCAGUGGUAGGGCUGGGACCUGUCCGAUGGUACAAGGGGGACAAUCAGCAGCAGCUCAUGUACUCACAGCUCACAAGUGAUAAACCAGAUCCACGAGUAAUGAUAGCUGUACAAGAUAAUGCAACAAGAAACAUUGAUCAUUCCAUCAGAUUUACAAAUAUCACCUGGGAUGAUGCUGGGAUGUAUUACUGUGUGAAGUUUAAAUCAGACAAAGUAAAUGUGUCUGCAGCAGGAAAUGGAACCCAACUUUAUGUGACCCGACAACCUUUCCAUCCAGUAGUUUUUGGACCAAGUGGGCAAGUUCUGAUUGACACAAAUGUGACAUUAAGCUGCAACUCUGCAGGAUUCUCCCCGCCGAACAUCACCGUGACUUGGUGGCAGAAUAACAGAGAGAUUCAAGGGUCUAAAUCUGAAGUUAAUUUCAGUGAUAAAAACAACACAUAUCAAGUACAAAGUAACAUCACUGUGCAAGCAAAAAUCGACUCACCUGUUAUCUGCAGAAUUAAUCAUACAGCAUUAGGCCAACCUAUAGAAUCCAACUAUACGAUAAUCAAUAUUGUAAAACGUAAGUUUUAUGUUCUGUUUUGGUAUUAUAAAUAA